AGAUUGUUUCGUUGAAAAAAAUGGAAAAGAAAAUUUGACUCAAACCAAGCUUAGCUAGCUGCCUUGCUGUUUGCUGAAAUCUUAUUCAUUUAAAACAAUUAUUCUUCACAAUUUGAAGUAAAACAGCCCGCUUUUGGACCUAAAACUAUCAGCCACAGCCUUCUCUUUCUGUCAUUGUUUUUUUCCCACAGAAAGUAAGAGAAAACACAAUGGAGAAAAACUCUUUUCUCCUUCUUGCUGUCUUCCUCAUUUUAAUUUCAUGUAUGGUAGCUCCAAAUCAUGGCAAGAAGCAAACGCUAGCUCUUGGCCAUCUUUACAAGACCAAAAUGAAGGGAAGUUCUGGCAUUAAUCAGAGUCCUUUCAAGGCAAUUCACCACAUAAACAAGAGCAGGGUUCAUCCACAGGAGGGAAUGAAUGAGAAGGAUAGAAUUGAAAAGUUGCCUGGACAACCUCAUGUCCAAUUUUCACAGUAUGGUGGCUGUGUAACAGUUGAUAAAUCAGCAGGUCGUGCGCUUUAUUACUAUUUCGUCGAAGCUCAGCAUUUUAAGAAGUCUUUGCCUGUUCUUCUUUGGCUUAAUGGAGGCCCAGGCUGUUCAUCUCUAGCCUAUGGAGCAAUGGAAGAGCUUGGACCCUUUCGAGUUCAUAGCAAUGGAAAAACACUAUACAAAAAUAAAUACUCAUGGAACUAUGCUGCAAAUGUUUUGUUUCUGGAGUCUCCUGCUGGUGUAGGAUUUUCGUACUCCAACACAACAUCAGAUUAUGAUGAGAGUGGUGAUAGUAAAACAGCUGCUGAUAAUUAUGUGUUCUUGUUAAAUUGGUUGGAAAGGUUUCCUGAAUACAAAAGCAGGGAUUUUUAUAUAUCUGGUGAAGGCUAUGCGGGGCAUUAUGUCCCUCAACUUGCACAUACCAUUCACCAACACAACAAUAAGGCUAACAAGACCCUUAUCAAUCUCGAAGGAAUUAUAAUUGGAAAUGCUGUGAUCAAUAAUGAAACUGAUGUCAAAGGAAUAUAUGAUUACUUUGAGGGCCAUGCUCUCAUUUCAGAUGAAAUUGCGUACAGGAUUCACAAAUAAUGUAAUUUUGCAUCCGAGAACAGCUCAGAGUCCGGUGAGUGCAAUGGAGCCACUGAUGACGCGGACAGGGGUGUUUACUACAUCGAUAUUUACAAUAUCUAUGCCCCCUUAUGCAACGAUUCCAGUCUCACAAUCCAGCCCAAGAAGCCUUCUGUGAUGAAUUUUGAUCCAUGCAGCGACUAUUACGUAUAUGCUUAUCUAAACAGGGCUGAUGUUCAAGAGGCCAUGCACGCUAAUGUAACAAAACUGGACCAUUAUUGGGAAGCCUGCAGCGACAUCAUAAAAAAAUGGGGAGAUAGCCCUUCAACAAUCAUUCCCCUUCUACGGGAGUUAAUGGCUGACGGAAUCAGAGUGUGGAUUUUUAGUGGUGAUACAGAUGGAAGGAUACCAGUUACUUCAACCAAGUACUCCAUUAAUAAGAUGAAACUUCCAGUUAAAACAAAGUGGCAUCCUUGGUACCUUGAUGGAGAGGUUGGUGGUUAUACUCAGGUAUACACGGGAGAUUUAACAUUUGCUUCCGUAAGAGGGGCAGGGCACCAAGUGCCAAGCUUUCAACCAAAGAGGGCUCUUUCACUGAUCCAGCACUUUCUUGCUGGCACUCCUCUUCCAGAUACCUCAAAAUAUACCUGAUUUUCUCUUGACAUUUUAGGGUCUUUCAUUGUUUCAUCAAGAAUUUUAAUUAGCGUUCUGGAAAGUUGUUUAUUAUAUCACGGAUGCUAUUUUGUCUGCAAAGUAACGGAAACCGGAAAAAAAAAUACAAAUGGUCAUUCUAAAAAUUAUUAUUCAAUGAAAAUUUUUGGUUUAAUCAAUCAAAUUGCAUAACUAGGUUACAGAACAAUUAAUUUAAUUAAAUGGAACUUAUUAAAUUGGUUGCAUCAACUGUAAUGUAAGUUAAGUGCCGUAAGAGAUUUUAGAGUUGGGAUCUCCGCAGUUAAAAUAGAAUAUAUAUGUGUGAGCAGGAAACCAAUCUAGGGAAAGAACACAAAUUUUGGACAUGAUUCAAAUUGCAGUUUCUUCAGAGAUGUGAUGUGUAGCCAUGCAUCUGAAACAAGGACACAAGGUUUCUCCGGAUUACUACGUUAAACAAAUCCCAAUGUACACAUAAGGAUGUCAAUCCAAUGCAUUUGUAAAUAACAAGAAUUUUAAAUAUUUUUGGAAACUGUACAAUUCAUUCCCUUAGACACAUUAGCUCCCGUAUACUACUGGUUCUGGAUAUUAUUAGAGAUCAUAGGCCAACAAUGCUUCCAAAGAUCUCUUUUUUGCAGUCUUCAAUGAUUGAUACAGAAGGAGAUGGGAAAGCCACAAAUGAACCUUUUUGUUAGGAUA